AUGGAGGAUGUGGUGGCACACUCAUCAAGUGAUGAGCACGGGGGUGUCUGCCCAGGUUCAAGAAUGGCCUGGAAUUGCAGAGGUGCAGGUGGAAAGGCUUUCUCUACCCUCAUCAGAGAUAUCAAAAAAGAGUUUAAUGCUAGUUUCUGCAUUUUAUUAGAAACUCAUAUUAGUGGGCAACGAGGUGAAGCGGUUUGGAAAAAAAUGGGUUUGAUGAUGGUGCAUAUAAAAGUCAAGUCUGGGUCCUUGCCAUAUUGGCUUUUAACAGUGAUUUACGGCAACCCCCAGAGAAUUAAUCGGAACUACCUGUGGGAUGAUAUUAGAUUGAUACACAAUGAGAUUAACUUGCCGUGGUGUCUUAUUAGAGACUUUAAUGCCAUGUUACAUGAUCAUGAGCGUCACGGUGGGUCCAAUAGCAACAGAAGAGGAGCAUGCCCUGAUUUUCAAGACUGCGUAUCUGAUUGUGGCCUCUUUGAUUUGGGGUACUCGAGAUGGCCGUUUACAUGGAAGCGUGGAAACUUGGUUGAGAGACUCGACUGUGGCCAGAGCAACCUUGAUUGGCAGAUCAUCUUCCCUACUGCUCACAUCAAACACUUGCCUAGUCUCAAGUUGGACCACUCCCCCUUAUGUCUCCACUUAGCAAAUGAUCGACAAGAGAACAAACAAAGACGCUUUUUCAGGUUUCAAGCAGCUUGGCUAUCACAUUUGAAUUUCACCCAUAUGGUUAAUAGUAACUGA